AUGGAUGCUGGCAAGACCCCCGUCAAGCUUGUCAAGGUCACCCGAGUCCUCGGCCGAACAGGUUCCCGAGGUGGUGUCACCCAAGUCAGAGUCGAAUUCAUGGACGACACGAGCCGAAGCAUUAUCCGAAACGUCAAGGGACCAGGUAUGGUGCUCCGAAGUCGAGAACGACUUGAGAAGGAGAGGCGA